AUGUGGGCAUACGGACUGCUACUGAGGCGGGGGAAACCGACGCCCCCGGCGGGGGAAACCGACGCCCCCGGCGGGGGAAACCGACGCCCCCGGCGGGGGAAACCGACGCCCCCGGCGGGGGAAACCGACGCCCCCGGCGGGGGAAACCGACGCCCCCGGCGGGGGAAACCGACGCCCCCGGCGGGGGAAACCGACGCCCCCGGCGGGGGAAACCGACGCCCCCGGCGGGGGAAACCGACGCCCCCGGCGGGGGAAACCGACGCCCCCGGCGGGGGAAACCGACGCCCCCGGCGGGGGAAACCGACGCCCCCGGCGGGGGAAACCGACGCCCCCGGCGGGGGAAACCGACGCCCCCGGCGGGGGAAACCGACGCCCCCGGCGGGGGGAAACCGACGCCCCCGGCGGGGGAAACCGACGCCCCCGGCGGGGGAAACCGACGCCCCCGGCGGGGGAAACCGACGCCCCCGGCGGGGGAAACCGACGCCCCCGGCGGGGGAAACCGACGCCCCCGGCGGGGGAAACCGACGCCCCCGGCGGGGGAAACCGACGCCCCCGGCGGGGGAAACCGACGCCCCCGGCGGGGGAAACCGACGCCCCCUGCGGGGGAAACCGACGCCCCCGGCGGGGGAAACCGACGCCCCCGGCGGGGGAAACCGACGCCCCCGGCGGGGGAAACCGACAAUCGGUGUGUGCCUCAUGGUUGACACUGCCAUCUCCUCCAUGGGGAUGACAGUUCAUACUUUUGGCUGCUGUUACAGUCAAGACUUUUCCUCUGAGCACAGCAACAUUGGAAUCUAG